CAUCUCGACAAAAGCGCUUAAAACGGAACAAAACAAAACAAAGUCGAGGUUCGUUCACUAUCCGGAUCAAGCAUCGCUUUUUCUACCGCCAACAAACAAACCAAAAUGCUUCUAAUAGGCUUAACCGGCUCCAUCUCGACCGGGAAAUCCACCGUAUCAAAGAUCCUCUCCAAGGACCACGCACUCCCAAUAAUCGAUGCAGAUCAGCUCGCACGGGAGGUGGUGGAAGUGGGUACGCCGGGGCACACCUCCAUAGUAAGGUACUUUUCCGAGAGCACACCAGGCCUGCUGAACGAGGACGGGACGCUAAACCGCGCGGUCCUAGGCCGGCGCGUUUUCGGCGACGAUCCGGAGAGGAGGAAGGAUCGGGGGGUGUUGAAUGGGAUUGUGCACCCGCUUGUUAGGAAGGAGAUGUAUAAAGCAAUAGCGUACCAUUACCUCUCCGGCGCCUGGGCCGUCGUCCUGGACAUCCCUCUACUCUUCGAGUCCUCCUUUGACCUAAUCUGCGGUGCGGUCCUCGUCGUCUCCGUUUCCUCCCCGGAAGUACAGCUCGGGCGAUUACUCGCCCGCGACGCCCAUCUCACGCGCGAGGACGCGGAAAAGCGCGUGGCAUCGCAGAUGAGCAUUCAGGAGAAGGUCGAACGGUGCGAUAGGGUGUUUGGUGGUGCGCGAGGAAGGGGAGCGGCCAUCUCAAAUGAUGGGAGUGUCGAGGAGUUGCGAAAGGGGGUUACGAGUGCUGUGGAGGGGUUGAAGGCGGGUAGGGAUGGGUGGUGGAAGUGGAUGCUUUGGGGGUUGCCGCCGGUGGCUGGGGUCGUUGGGGCGAGGGUUCUCGCGGAGAAUUGGUGGCGGAGGGAGUGUUGGCUUAAGGAAAGGGAGAGGGUUGAGGCGAAGUUGUAGCGGGGAUCAGCUGGGGAGGGGAGUUCUCUUUUUCGUCAGGAGUUCAGAAAACUUGCUUUUAGAUUUGUCAUACUAUUUUUAUCAUAAUUAGAAUAUCUGUUUCUUUCGCCUCAAAGUCGAGAACAAUCCAUGCGUGGAAUUUCAACCCGCUAAAAUCCAUCUCCCAUCCAAACCCCCACUCUCCGCGCAAAACCUCAGCCUUCGAACAGAACUCAACGGGAUCAAACUAAAUUCUCCAAUCCGGCCCCCACAAGCAUACCCAACCCGAGUGAGCCCCCAUGAACCCUCCCACUAAAUUAUCAUACCGAAAUUAGAAGCAAAACGCUACACGAGAAGAUGCUUACCAGUAUUCCCGCACACAUCAUAACUCGAGCACACCACACAAAUCUCCCACAGCGUUACCCUCAGGUCUUUCCAGGUCUACAUAUAGAGAAUUACCGAUGGCGUGGGCUUCCCCGGGGAUCUCGAAGGAUAGGCUCUUUGCACUGGUCAGCCCGCGUCGCUAUUCUUUAUGUAAUUUGAAUUAUGAUAAUAGUAAUACUUUUCACGAGCGAGCAGUGGUAGGCGUGUCCGUUUGCUCUUCAAAAGUGGCCGAUCCUAAGGGAAACCUAAUAUAUGGUCCCCUCCUAGCGAGGAAGAGUAUAAACGGUAUGAUAACACUCGGAAGAUGGUGAGGGAGGUGAUCCACAAAAAAAUGGACGGAGCAAAACUAUCCGGCGUAUUAUCCAUACAGGCCGCCCUUUUGGAUCUUGUUAGAGGUUCACGACAUUGCACAAGUUUACGGCAACACGAUUCCACAAGAUGAGGAUGGUGAGGAGCUAUCUCAAGGCCCAGAGGGGGGGUGGAGGGAUACCAUGCGCAAGGUACCGGGUUGGGGAAGCAAGUUUCACACACGUGAUUGCUGAGUGUGGCUUGCUUUGACAUUGGACCAACUUCUGAGAUUUGGAAGGAUAGUGAUAGAGGGUGGAAACUGGUGUUAUUGAAUUGUAUUAAGGGCGUCACAAAUUGGUUCAUAGCUGCCCGGGCAGGAUAUGAAGAUGCAGGGAAGUUUCUAAAUCGGGACAUGUUUCACUAUGAUUUAGACUACUUGUUAUUGGGUUUUAUGAGUUUCUGUUUUGAGUUUUUUUUUGUGUUAGUACUUUGGGUUUUUUGUAUGGUGCCGUAAAAACUCGAAUAAGCGGACCGUGUGCUGGGUAGUGAGUUUAGAGUUUGGAACACAGGGAUGUCGGAAAUUAGUAUCUAAGAAAAUUUAGCAGUCCAAGACAAGUGCUAAUCUCAACCUCAAAUGUUUAGUAGUCCGAGACAAGUACUAAUCUCAACCUCAUA